AUGCUGGAGACCCCUGCUGCUAAUGCCAAAAGUCAAGGCUCCGGGGACGUCUCUGCCCCGCUCUGCACCGUGACCCUCACCCUCUGCGUCAGGACCGGACACCUCACCGUGAACAUGGCGGAGGCUUCCGUGCAACCACCUUUCCGCUUUUUCUGCCACAUUUGCAAAAGUGAAACCUCCCCGAACCUCCCGGACUUGGUCUGUCCAAAAUGCGAUUCGGAUUUUAUCGAAGAAGUCGAAGAAAACUCCAGUUUAUUGCAGAACCGUACAACUUCCCAAAGACAAGAGCAAAUACUCCCAGAGUUGAUGCAGAUGCUGUUUAUGGAGUGCCAGGCCCUGCUCUCCGCUCCGUCCUCCGAGUCCGAGCCCAACGACGGCACGCUGACCUCCACCAGCAGCUCCUCCUUCUCCUCUGACGAUCUGGAGCCCAUCGCUGCGUCGUCGCUGCCCGUGGACGGCACGGCGGAGGGGGAGGAGGGAUCACUGGAGCAGUUCUUUUCUGAUCUUUUUACCACUAACACUGACGGUGUUGCUACGUCUUCUCCAAGUGACAGAUGGCUUCAAUUGCAUUCAAACCCCGGAGACUACGCCUGGGGCCGGAGAGGGUUAGACGCCGUUGUUACAGAUCUGUUGGGACGACUGGAUAACACAGGACCCCCUGCUGCAGACCAGGAGGCCAUCUCCUCCCUCCCAACGGUCUGCAUCUCUGAGGAGCACACAGACAGCCGACUCGACUGCCCGGUCUGUAGGGAGGACUAUUGUUUGGGUGAAUCAGUCAGGCAACUGCCGUGUCUGCAUUACUUCCACAGCGACUGCAUCGUGCCGUGGCUGGAGCUGCACGAUACCUGCCCCGUGUGUCGGAAAAGCCUCAGCGGUGAAGACCACGGCCUCUCGUCCUCUCUGUCCAUGACCGCCAUUUUGUUUGACACGCGUUGGAGGAAAAUGUGGCCACCACGUUGA